UGAUCGAGAUUGGACUGCCAUCGUCGUGUCACUCUUUCACUCAUCUCGUAUAAUGCGUUGCUUAAACGCAAACGUAUUGUUUCCCAGACGCAAAUAUGAUCGCAUACAUUGACUACCUGCUCACCCACGUGCGUUUACGUAAUGCGCUCGCUAAAAAUAUGAUAGAAGCAAUAAACGGCAAAUUUGGAAUCGCGGCAGUCUGGCUGGUGUGUCGAAACGGCGAAAAGCUCGAAAGAAGGGACAAUCAGCCAUUUCACCCGGCCGUUCGUAUUCGCGCGGGUCAUCCUCCGUCGUCGGGAUCGUCGACGUCGGCGGUGCACUUCCCAGGUGGCGUGCCGCUGCUUGACAUCGAACUUUGCUCCGCCGUCAUCGUUAAACUCCACCUCCUCUUACCCUUCGUUCCCCGUAUCGUCCCGUGCCUCGUACUGCAGUCCGUCUCGAUCGUUGAGCGUCGAGCGACCGUGGUGUGUGUAUGUGUGUGUGUGUGUGCGUGCGUGAGUGAGUGAGUCCACGUCGAUUUUCGUCGGCUCUCCUCGAUCCCGCGCACGCUCCGCUCCGCACGUUCGUUCCGGCGGAUUCGUGGAAAUAGGCGAGAUCGGCGACACGCGGAGGAAGGAUUCUCGCGCGCGCGAUGAGCGGCGCGUGGUAGAGGAAGAAAUACAAAGGCGUACGCGUGAUCGACGAGUUAAUCAACGAGUGAUAAACGAGAGAGAAAGAGAGAGAAAGAGAAAGUGUGAAAGCGGCGCCGCAGGUUUCCCCAUUCGCUGGUGCAGAAAGGGAGGGAAUUAGUUGGACGACAA